CCAGGGGAUCAGGAGGCUACUCUCCCUCCCCCGGAUGGCGGUUGGCGGGCUUGGUGUGUGUGUCUCGCCGGACACUUGGUCUUCAUGAACACAUGGGGCUGGGUCAACUCCUUCGGCGUCUUCCAGACAUACUACACGGAACUUCUCCAACGGCCCUCUAGCGACAUCUCGUGGAUUGGCUCCAUCACCGUCUUUCUCCUAUUCUUCGUGGGCACCCUGACUGGCCGGCUCGUCGACGCGGGCUACUUCCGCCUUGUCUUUGCCACGGGCAUUACGCUGCAGAUUCUCGGCGUGCUGGCCACGUCGCUGUGCAGCUCCUACUGGCAGUUUCUCCUCGCCCAGGGCGUGUGCGUCGGCGUCGGCAAUGGCUGCUUGUUCUGCCCUGUGUUGGCCGUGCUGUCGACGUACUUUGCACGUCGCCGCGCGCUGGCCAUGGGAAUCGCGGCCUGCGGGAGCGUCACGGGAGGCCUCAUCUUCCCCAGCCUGGUUCGCCAGCUGCUCCCCCAGGCUGGAUUCGCGUGGACGCUGCGGGCGGCGGCCUUUAUCCAGUUGGGCUCGCUGUUGGUUGCGCUUGUGUUGGUCAAGCCGCGCAUGAAACCGCGUCAGUCUGCGCCUCUGGUGGACCUGGCCACUUUCCGAGAGUUUGAGUACACUUUCUACACGAUCGGAUGCUUCUUGGCAUACUUUGGCAUUUACUUCGCCUUCUACUACAUUGCGUCCUUCUCGAGAGAAGCCCUGGACAAUCCCCUGUCAUACACCGAGUCGCUCAACCUGCUGCUCAUCCUCAACGGAAUCGGCGCCAUCGGCCGACUGUUGCCGGCUUGGCUAGCAGACCACAUUGGGGCCAUCAACGUCUUCAUCCCCAACAUGAUUGCGGCGUGCAUUCUCAUCUUCUCCUGGAUCGCCGUCAAGGACACAGCGGGGAUGUACGCCUGGGCCGUCAUCUACGGCCCCAUCGCCGCGGCGAUCCAGAGCUUGUUCCCGACGGGUGUAUCCCUGUUGACUAAGGAUCUGAACAAAAUCGGAGUUCGCAUGGGCAUGUCCUUCACGAUUGUGAGCUUUGCCGUCUUGACGGGCCCCCCCAUCGCGGGAGCCAUCAUCGACAGACAGGGGGGGAAGUACUGGGGCGCCCAGGUGUUCGCGGCAACUGCAUUGGCACUGGGCACUUUGUUUUUGAUUGCAGCCAAGAUGGUACGGAUGCGGAGGGAAGGAAUGGGAUGGACGGGUAAGAUUUAAGGUGAUUGCAUUGGAGUUUUGUGGAAAUGAUCUUGAGAAGACGGUGAAUUGAUAGAUACCCUUGGAC